UUCUCCACCAACUUUCACACUGCUUGUUAUAUCUAUUUCAAGCUCCGUUUUCUAUACUUUUAUCAUAUUGUUGAGUUAAGCCUAGCUGUGAGGAGAAUGUCCCUUUUCAGUUAAUUCGUCCCCAACUAUGACCAAAUGUCUCUUGAAGCUUCCCUUAAUUUAAUUCUUUAUUUCUAGCCCAUCCUAAUUUCAUAGGUUUAGUUUUAAUAUAUGAGCUAUAAGCUGCUCUUCUUUUAAUUGUUUGCUGGCCCAUCCUAAGUUCAUAAGUAAUAUAGUGACUAUAGUCAUGUCCACUGAAAUUGUGAGCUAAAAGCUUAUUUGCUUUUAAUUCUCUGCAAUUUUUCCUCUUUCUAUUGGUGGGUGUGUGUGUGUCUUUGAUUUGCCUUGUUGGUCCAUUAAACAGAACUUGCUUUCUCCUACUGAAAGAAGCCUCCACAUUCUUGAAAUGGGAAAUCCAUCAUAUUAUAGGUUGGCCAUUUUGGGAGUUUUGCUUCAGAACUUGACCAUCUGUUUGGCAGAAAAUGUCCCUGCUAAUUUUGUCUUUGGAGAUUCAUUGGUUGAUGUGGGUAACAAUAACUAUAUUACUUCUCUUUCAAAAGCAAAUUUCUUCCCAAAUGGUAUUGAUUUUGGUGCCCCAACGGGAAGAUAUACAAAUGGAAGAACUAUAGUGGACAUUUUAGGUGAGGAAGUGGGGUUUAAUUUGACUCCUCCAUACUUAGCACCAACAACAUGUGGACCAGUGAUUCUGCAAGGUGUCAAUUAUGCUUCUGGAGGAGGAGGCAUUCUUAAUGAAUCUGGCCAAAUUUUUGGUGGAAGGAUCAACAUGGAUGCUCAAUUAGACAAUUUUGCAAAUACUAGACAGGACAUAAUCACAAGAAUAGGAGAGCCAGCGGCGAUAAAGUUGAUUGAGAAUUCACUCUUCUCAGUAACUAUGGGAUCAAAUGACCUCAUUAACAAUUAUCUCACGCCUGUUCUCUCCACAGCUGAGCAACUAACUGUACCUCCUAUGAAAUUUGUGGGAGCAGUGAUAUCCAAAUACAGAAUUCAACUAACGAGACUUUAUAAUUUGGGUGCCAGGAAAGUAAUAGUGGUGAAUGUUGGGCCUAUUGGGUGUAUCCCCUACCAAAGGGAAAUAAAUCUAUCAGCUGGAGAUAACUGCGUAAAUUUCCCAAAUGUGCUUGCGCAAUUAUACAACACCCAAUUGAGAGGGCUUGUGAGUGAACUAAGUUCCAAACUUACUGGAUCAAAGUUUGUCUAUGCAGAUGCCUACGGAAUCGUCCAAGACAUCAUUCAGAAUUACACAUCUUAUGGAUUUGAGAAUGCAGAUUCAGCUUGCUGUUCUGGUGGUGGAAGAUUUGGGGGAAUAAUUCCAUGUGGUCCUUCAUCUAAAAUAUGUGCAAAUAGAAGCAAGUUUGUGUUCUGGGAUCCAUACCAUCCAACUGAUGCAGCUAAUGUCAUCAUAGCAAAACGCCUGCUGGACGGAAACUCUCCUGAUAUUUCGCCUAUGAAUGUCAGGCAGCUCCUUGCAUCCUCCUAAUUUCAAAAUGACUACGUUAUUUUGUUUCUCUAUAUUCAUAGGGAAUUAAACACUUAUACAGAGGAAAAUUCGUCAUGCACUGUACUGGUCUACUGCCAAAUAAGUAGUGAAUGAAAUUAUUUAUGAUUUUUCUCUUACA